GCUUGAGCUAUCGCAAAGAGACUGGCUGCCUCUCCUUUGCGUCUAAGUGUAUUCGCUUAAAGAAAAAGACUGUUGAAUUUUCUUGCGAUCAACGGAUAGCUCGUCAUCCCUGAAAGGCUCUACGCUAUGGACGAGCUCAUUCAUCACUGCGUGCGUGAGUUGGCUUUCGACGGAGAACUCGGAUGCGAUGUCUCCCGUUUGAGGGAAUUCAUUCAAGGAUUCUAUGCACGCAACAGUUCCACCGCAGCGCAGAAAGUUGAUGACGCAUAUUGUGCAUACGUAUGGGCCGUGAUCGCUCAGCAGCCCACGGUCAGGGUGGGGAUGGUCCCGCCAGGCGGGGCAACGGAAGUACAUAUCGCUCCUCAGGCGAGUGCUAAGCGCAAGGCCAAGACGAAGGGAGAGAAACCGCCGGAAGCACUCCCCGCUCCAGAAGGUCUGCAAAUUAUUCCUGAUGCAGCCAUAAGACCUCUCGAAGAGCUCCGUGCGGAAUAUGGCGAGGGUCUGAGGAUUGCUGUCGAUUCUGACACGGCGUUCACUGCCAUUACGGGGUCGCAUAUUAGGCAUCCGAAGUUGACGUCUAUGGUAUAUACGGCAUUACAGUUCAUCAGCCGAGGGCGGGAUGAAGGCAUCAGUGUCAUUGAUCUGGGCAAAAAGUCAGGUUAUGACCAGAAGACCUGCUUCUACCUCAUCAAGCAACUAGUUGACCUUGACCUCGUGGUGAAGCGCAGGAAACCAGGAGUUAGCACGAAUAUAUGCGUUCACAAGUAUUUCUUUGACAGGAGCGAGGUAUGGAAGCAAGUCCUUAAAGAAGAGGCUCAGGCUGCAGAGUCACAGCAGCGCGGCGGACCAGACGAAUCAAAGCAAGAGUCGGACGAGGAAGACGUGCAAGACACUACACCAAGCACUGUUCAGUUUGACCCCAUCGACUCGCGACAUCUGUCAAGCCUCCCUCUCGUACGUGCCCGGAUCACAAAACUGCUGCAAAGCUCUCCCCAUGGCAUCCACUCGUCAACUAACGUCCUGGUCAGAAUUGGCUUUGCAAAUCCUACCAAGAGUGACCGACGCUUCUUCCGCACUCUCAUACGGGAGCUGCUUGACCAGGGAGUUAUUGAGAAGGUUCAAGUUAUGCAUCCGGACAAGCAGCGGUUCCCCAAUAGGAAGACCACUUGCAUCCGCUUGGUGCACCCACAUGAGGUACCUCUUGCUGAAGAUCAGAUACCGGCUGUCCCGCUCAAAGAGAUCGCUGAGGUGGGGAAUCCGCUGAAGGUCGAUCUCACAAUCUACAAACAGAUCAUCAAUCUUCUCGACGAAUCCGGUACCAAGGGCAUGACGAUGAAUGAGCUGUCUGCUGCGCUCUGCAACUUUGACAAGCGGACCAUAGAGCUGCUUCUUACGCGGUUGGAGCACGACCCGCCACCGCCUCAUCUCGGAGACCUCGGCAUCGCACAACAGGCCGAAAACUACGGUCGAGAGCGCCGUUAUAAGUACUACACCGUCGCGCAUUUCCACACCAUCGCCGCCAGAGAGAAUUUCGAGGAUCAUCAAUACAAGGACGUAGACUUGGACCAGGCGGGUGGCUUCAUGCAAGUCAAGGAAAGCGCGUUCUACGACGAUGAGAGCGCUCUAAAGAGAUAUGUGGAUAAUUUCAAGACAAUACAGGAUGCGAAUGUUGCCGAUACUGCGAAGAAGUCGAAGGGCAAGCAGAGAGUGUGGAAGAAUCCUAUCCUUCCGGAUGGGACUGUUAAGAGAGGUAGACCGCGCAAGUAUCCCGUUUCGGAAGAUGCAGCCACCUCCAAGAAAGCCAGCAUGAAACGCAAGAGAACCGAGGAGUCGACACUCGAAGAACGUCCCGAGCUUAGUGCAGGCGAUAUCCAGACAGCUGAGACUCCACCGCCUAAACGCAAGCGCGGGAGACCGCCCAAACAGCGUAUCGAACCGGCGGUUGCCGCCUGCACAACUCUUGAGGGAACAAUAUCGGCGGGUCCCUCGGUUUCUGCUGACAUGGCUCCCCCAGAGGCAGUCCCGAAGAGACGUGGGCGACCGCCGAAGCAGAAGGCCGCGCCCGUAGUUAGUGCGGAUGCAGGCGUAGAUCAAACAAGUUCUGUUCAGCCUGAGCCUGUGCAGAGGAAACGCGGGCGGCCUCGCAAGAGUAUACCUCAACCAGAGCCAGUAACGGCAGAGCAGCCCAAUGACCGCAUGGACGAAGAACCUGCACCCGACGCAAUAUCCGUUGCGGUAUCCGACGGGGACUCUCCCGAUGGUCUUAGUCAAAUGCUCGUGAACGCUGACAAUUCUCUGGACAUGUCCACGGCUGUGGACGAAUCACUCAUUUCUAUGGAUACAUCGAUGGCUGCUGACGAGAGCUUCACUACACAUCAAACUGUACCUAGUGACCUGUCCUCCGCUUCGAUCUCUGCCAGCGCCGCUCAGUUGCUACGUCCCUUGCCAAGGAGCUGCCAGCCCCUUCAAUCUGCCAAUGUGCCGAGUCCGUCAAUUGGCACCCAUGUGAUUGCAACUGAACAGCAUCCUAUAGAUUUGCAAAGUGAUGCUGAAGAAGCAGACGUGGUUUCUGACCAGGCACGUCGCCCAGUCACUGCGAACGUUGGGCCGCCGUUAUCCGCUCCGGUCAGCGCAUCGCUGGGAGUCCCGCUGCCUGCUGCUGGUGGUUCACUGGAUAUACCGCUCUCUGACGUAUGUGGCAGUGCGCCGCCCGCGCUCGCCGGGAUCCCCAUUGAUCCGAUGCUGUUGGAUACUCACGACCAGGUCACCUCUCUGACAGAUGGGGUCCUUCAUCAGGAUGUCUCGCAGGAUAGGUCCAGCUCAGCAGCAUCAUUAUACAUAGCUGAGAAUAACGUCUCAUCCCAAUCGAAUACCGCAAAGCGGCCGAAUCCGGGGGCCACCACUCCUGCUCCGUCUGCAAAGCGGGCCAAGACGGACAGUGAAACCGAGAAUCGCUAUCACUCCAAAGUGAAACUCACCCAGUCGCGUCGAGAGAAGGAGUUCAUGCGUGUGAUCACAGAUGCAGGAGGCAUCGUGAAUGUCAGCUCAAAAGGAUUUUAUGAGGCUUAUUCCGCCGUGAUCGAGGCCAUCACCAAAGCCGGAGAGAUCGCUAGCACUCUUCCAGGGACACGCAUCGACAAACGCACAGUAGAAGCCACUCUAAGUGAUCUUGAGAGCCGUCAGAAGGUCAAAGUCAUUACCACUUCGGUCAAGACAUCUACUGGUGGUCAUCGAUCAGUGCGUGUGGCAUAUCUGCCAGACAUCACAGAGAGCGACCUGAACACGUUCCUGUCCAACCUGCGCAUUCAACAGUUCCCUACGUCUGCUCCUAUCAAGUCCAUAGAGGAACCAACAGUGUAUGGUGGGAAACCCUCCAAGCUACGUUCUGCCACGACCUCUGCAGGCUUUGCACGGGACGUACUGCAAGGAAAGAAUCCUGCCACGAUGCAACAGCUCGUGCAGUCUGGAGAUACUGCCGUGCGGGAGGCUCUCCUGGGGGAGAAGAGUACGCUAGCGCAACUAUAUGGUUACAUCCCUGGCAAAGCAGCAAGAGCGCGUGAGCUGCACCUCUGGACUGUCAAGCUUUUCGAAUCAAAGGCGUCCUCUCCCCACAUCGUCUCAACCGAACAGCGGGUGGUGUCUUUCUCGUUGUAUGUGAGCGAACUACCCAUCUCACUGUACUGCGCUUUCGUAUCCACUCUAUGGCAAAGUGAUGAGCUGCCCAGUCUCCUCGCAUCUGAUGAAGGCCGCAUGACCCCCAUCGUAAAGGUUGCACCACUGAUCCGCGACGGACUGCAGAUUGCGCGUUCGAGGUCUCGCGAACGUCUCCUAGAGCUGCUAUACAUGCUGUGUUGUCUUCGGCUUGUAGAUCCACUGCAACCUACCAAGUCAGAUGAUCCGGCAGUCAGAUGCGCCCGAGGAGAGACCUCCCCGUCUGCAUUUGACAUCGUUCCUGUCGAUUCCUGGUCGCCAACCACUGCUCCCGUCUUCUGGCGGUUCAAUACGAUUGUCCCCUUGCAUCUCUGGGCUUUGUCAGAACAUUCUCCUCCUCCUUUUUGGAAGAAUGUGACAGUUGAGUCCCCCGGACAGUGCAUCGAAUAUUGGCGAGAACUGCAGUAUGUAAGCAUACAUACCGAGCACUGCAAGCACAUCGUAGUCGCAACCGUCGAUGAAUCGGUGCACGCUAAGAUCGGCAAGACUCUCAAGCGUUCUAAUUCUUGGAUCGACCGAUAUGUACUAUCUUGGUACCAGACGGAAUACCUCAGACAAAAUGUGGAUCAGCCCACUGGAAGUACGCCAUUGCAGGACCAAGAGAAUGGUGCAGCGCGAAUUCAACAUAUCAGUUGGGUCGUUUGCGCUCCGACAGGCGUUGUGGAGGAGUUCUUCACCAAAGCCCAUAGGAAACACCGCAAGGAGCAGAAGAAGAUGCAAGAGAGGGCAGAGCAGAGAAUUGAGGAGAAAAAGGCCCGCGAAGCUAAAUCGAAAGCAAUCCUGGCGCAGAAAGCGGAGGAAGCCCGAUUGCAACGCGAACUUGACUGGGAUGCCAUGGUCAGCAAUGUCCAUCCGGAACCUCUCAAGGGCUCGGCCGCGGCCCGAGUGCGACGCAUUCGUUCACAGUUUCUUCAGAGCUCUGCCAAAAAUCGGAAAAAGUGGGAAACUCAGAUAGCUAAAGCGAUAGAGGAGGCCAAUAUGGCCGCUAAACAGGUGCUGUCGACAAACAGGCUCAGCCCACCCAGGAUGACCCUCGGCAUAGUACCAUUGCCACCAGUAGUGGCUAACGCUUCCGAAAAGACUGUAGAAGAGAUCAUCUCACAACAAGGCCCACCACUUGUCCCAUGCAUUCAGGAGGCAAAGGAGAAAACCAAGAAAAAGGGAAAAGGCCGCAAGAAGGAUGGUCUGCUACCUGCAGAGCCGAGUAGACGGCACAGGUUCCAAUGGAACCGGGAUUUUGAUGAGUUAGCGCGAGAUGCCUAUGUCAUCAUAAAGGCGCGCUGUCGUGGCCACGGAAGGCUAGAGUUUGCAGCAUUACAGCAGGCUUUUCCUGCUGUACCGAGAAAUUCGGUUCGACAGCGAGUGGUAAGCCUGAAGGAGGUACCCGGUGCUGCGACGUAUAUGCAGCGGCUUGAGGAUAAGUGGUAUGAGGUUUGGGUUCAACAUAGAGGAACACCCAAUUUACCCGAUGCUGACCCUGAGAGUCCGACGAACUUCGACCUUGUCGCCCACAUCAAAUUCUUGCGCAAUCAUGUCGACAAGAAUGCCCUCCGUGUUGGAUUCUUGCAGAUGGAGAAAGAGAGCACGAUAGUGCUUCCUGGUACCAUUGACCAGUUGGAAUCUUCCUGGAAUAUCAUAGAGAAACCGCCCAUUGCGCCCAAAUGGGAUUUCAUAUGGACCGGGGUAGCUGAAGAAGGGCGGGAGAAGCAAUUCGUGCAGCAAGCAUUCACGAUGGAUGCGAAUGAAAUACCUCCAACUCAAUGUCAACACUCAGAGAGCGUGUAUGUUGCAGAGGCAGCUCUCAAGAUGGUAAUGGGUACACCAAACGACACAUAUGAUGCGCAAGCAGCAGCCGUCUUCCUCAGCUCCGUCGGUGAGAAUGCUGUGCAGGCUGCAAGCAAGGAUCUCCUCGCUCGUGGGGUGUUUUCCAAGAUCAUCAGAGAUCCUACCCGGUCUAGACCCGGAAGAGCUCUCAAAAUCUCAGAUAGUAAUCAAAAUGCCCUUGGAGGCUCGCUGUCGCAAGAUAUUUUCCAGGAUGCGUCGGCUCUUGAAGAUCUGCUUGGCCAGGACGAGGAUAAUGCAUGGCGCGAAUGGUCGCUCCUAUCAAGUGACGGAGACAUGGCUGCCAUGCUUGAACUGGUAUUGGAUAACAAGAUCGAGUUCAAGGUUGAUACGACGCAUGCGCAAGAGAGGCGUGCAACUGUGGACUGGAACAGCAAGAAAGCCGAUGAUGAUGACAUUGAAACGGCAUUGCUGGCACGAGCUUCAAUUCCGCUGGCAUCGUCAUCUCCCCCACAAGCCGCCGAAGACUCCGCCCAAGAAGAGCAGAUUCAAGCAGUGAAGUCCUUUGGGGAAGAUCAGUCAGACGAGCACGGUCGGACAGCAAGUGGCGAAAUGGCAUUCUGUCGCUUCACCUCGAAUAGCCUGAUCGACUGCGCUGCUUGCCUGCAUGAUUCGAAGGUCUCGAUUUUGCAGGAAGCCGGGGAGCACGAAGAAAUGGUAAUCUCAGCACUGCUUGAGGAGUUGAAUAGCGCGCGUUCAGUUGGAAUCUCUAGAGAACGCCUUCUAACAAACACAGGUCCCUCGAGCACUAUUCAAGCUUCUGCAAUCAUCAAUAGGCUCAUAAACGCGUCGAUUCCCCUGGCGUACUGGGCUGGAUACACCAAAAUCAUUUUGGUUUCGGCAGCUCACAUCCGGCCUUGGGCUGUGUGCCUUUCAGACACAGAUGGGAGGAGUGUCAUGCUGUUCCCUCGGCGCUGGAUCGACAUUACUGGCAGAAGAAUCAAUGAUGUAUGGGAAGCAGCUCUUCGAGCCGUUCUCGGGAUCGUAGUGUUUAGACCUGGGAUCUGUCAGGCCGAAAUCCGCUGGAGACUGAGAUCUGUCUAUGACAGAUGGGAGGUCAACGACGUACUGCAUCACAUACGCGAAGAAGGUUAUGCCAACAGACGCGUCGGAGAGCCGCUUUGCGUUCCGGACUCGUGGCCUGCGGACGAAGAGGAAGAGCGAUCGGCAUUCUGGUUCUUGAGAGAUGAUAAAAGUUGGUAUCAUAUUUGAAUGGGACUGUUGACCUUUAAUUAUGAAUGUUCGGGGAGAUAGUAAUGAUGAAGAGCUACUGGAC